GACCUCGAGGGCCAUCCAGAGGGUCGGCCAGGCGGUCAGCGCCGCCGUGAGCCGCUUUGUGGCUGUCGGAGAGGCCAUAGCACUGGAGAACGAGGAAUUAAAGGAAGAAAUGGGUCACGCCUGCUUUGAGGCCAGGCGAGCAGGUUGGACCAUAGUGAACCACACUACGCAUUUCACAACUUCACAAACCCUUUAAUUUAUGCACUUUGUGUAAAGUGGAGCAAUGUGCAGCUCAGCUCCCCGAGACACACAGGAAGAGGCCGUUAAGAGAAGUGGUUUGAAUAUUCAUUGGUUUUCAUGCCCUUGUUUGUAUGUAAUUGCGUCUGCCUGAGAAAGAGAGAUCUUUUUUUUUUGUUUUUUUCUCCUAUUGUGCGGGGUGAGCUCUCUAACCUUCUCUCUCACCCCGAAGAGCAGCUCUAAAAAUAUCUCCUCAAAUGCUUCACAUCUCCGUGUCUCAUUCCUGAUUCCUCUCAGAAUAACACAUGCAGCACGGCUUCUUUCCACCGUUGAAAGCGCUUUCUUGAUUACUUGGUUUAUUAAAAAGUUAGUAAGUGUCUGUGUUUUUUUUUUUUUUUUUUAAGAUUUAUGGUCAAGUCCAGAAUUAUUGGCACCCAUCGCGCAACAAUGAAUAACAUGCAGCGAGUAGUAUUUUGAGCUUAAACGUACUGAAUAUACUGUAGCAGUGGUUCUGAAAGCCAGGGGGUCAAAUCACACCAUGCUAUUAUCACAGUUAUUAUAUUUAGUAUAUUUAGUUCUUAUAGUAAUUAUCCUGUUUGACUGGUCCCUUGAAUUGAACGGGUUUUAUUCAGACCUCAACAAGUCAAAAUUAGUUAGUCUAUAAAUAAUGCCAGCUCGGAGCAUAUGUGUUCUGUGGGUGGAAAAUACAGCAAGAUAAAACUCUAUAUGGCUUUAAUGUUCGUGAAAUGAAUCCGUAUCGAGUGGGUCAGUGAGAUUUAUUUAACUCUUAAAGCGGUCCUUGGUUACCAAAAGUUUGGGAAACACUAGUACAGGUGCAUCUGAAAAAAAUUUAGAAUAUCAUGGAAAAGUCCCUUUUUUUCCCCCGUAAUUUAAUUCAAAACGUGGAACUUUUCAUAUAUUCUAGAUUCAAUACACAUAAAGUGAAAUAUUUCAAGGCUUUUUUUUCUUUUUCUUUUUUUUUUUCUUUUUUUUUUUUUAAAUCUCGAUGAUUACAGCUUACAGCUCAUGGAAAUCCAAAAUCCCGUGUCUCAAAAUAUUCGAAUAAAGAAUUUAUAAUACUGAAAUUUCGACCUGAGAGAGCUCUGAUCAGCCAAUUAACUCAAAAUACAUGCGAAGGUUUCCUGAGCCUUUAAUCAUUUUUAUUAAUUAAAGAUGUUCAAGGUAAAUAAGUAAAAAAAAAAAAAAAUGGGUUAUGUUUAUUUAAUGCAUUUUUGUUCAUUCUUAUGUAGAGUGCCAGAAUUUCUGGAGUUGACUAUACAGAGCUCCACCCAAAGGUUUUUAUUUAUUUAUUUAUUUAUUAAUUAUUAUUAUUAUUAUUAUUUUGCAAAUAGGUUACCAAAGAAAGGAGAAAAUUAGUUAGCCCUUUAAAAAGUAAACCAGCACCUAGAAGUUGUACAUUUGGUAAGACAAAUUGUAAGUUUGGAAAGGAUUUUUUUUCCCCCCUCAAACAACAUAAGAAGACACACUCCAGUUAUUUCAUGUUCCUCUGUUAGACUGCGUUCAGCCGAUGGUAAUCCACAGAAUGAUGCUGGUCUACAGUAAAUAAACAGAGUGAUCAGCUGCUCCCAGUAACUCCCAGUGAGCGAGACCUGCACAGCGCUGGGAUUAGUGUGGACUUGGGGGUUAGCAGCUCAUUCCCCACAGCGCUGAGACAUGCAGUCAUGCGUCUAAUCCUGCCGCUCAUUCUCCUGGCUACUCACACGGAAUGAGCAGAAGUGUCACACUAAAUCCAGUGGAGCACAUGGGAAAUCUCUGAAGUUCCUCUCUGGGGAAAAAAAAUCAGAAAUUAGAGGUGUAGAACAGGAUAAAAGCUCAGUGGUGAGGCUGUGCAUUAAAAAAGGAAAGUAGAGCGGGAAGAACGGGGAGACUUGGACUGGAUAAAAUCGAUGGUGGUUGCGCAUCUAGAAGGCACAGCUAUAGCGCAGCUGACGGACGUGUGUAGCGUCGAGGCGAGCGAGGCCGAUGGUCGCAGCACUGUGUUCAGUGACAGGAUGGGCAUGGUGAAAGCAGCUCGCAUGCUCCUCUCCUCCGUCACCAAAGUGCUGGUGCUCGCAGAUCGCAUCGUCAUCAAGCAGAUCAUCAGUUCCCGCAACAAAGUGCUGGUCACACUGGAUCAGUUGGAGCGAGUCAGCACCUUUCAGGAGUUUGUGCAGAUCUUCAGUCAGUUUGGCAACGAGAUGGUGGAAUUUGCGCACCUUACAGGGGACAGGCAGAAUGACCUGAAGGAUGAGAAGCAGAAGGCACGCAUGGCCGCAGCCCGUGCUGUGUUGGAGAAAUGCACCAUGAUGCUCCUCACUGCUUCAAAGACAUGUCUGAGGCACCCAGACUGCGAGUCUGCACGGAUCAACAAGAACGCCGUGUUCCAGCGCAUGCGCCUGGCUCUGGAGCAGGUUAUCGAGAUUGUGACAGAUGCCAGGAGCAGUGGAGAGCCCAAAGCACUGCCAAUCAGUAUCUAUGCUGGAAUUAAAGACCUUAAGAAUAAGGUGGAGGGAUUGAGGGAAUCUCUGUACUGUGUGCCAUGUGAGACUGUAGCAGCACAGCUGGAGGUUCUGGUAGAACAGACUGAAGACUUCACUGAUUCAGCGUACACUAGCCAUGAGCAGCGCGAGAGCAUCCUGCAGCUCUGCCACACAACACGGGAGGAAACCAAGCAGCUCAUCUCCGCCUGGAGUCAGGCACAGUCAUUCAAAGCCAAAGACGUGACUGAGGAAGUGGAGCUGUCUAUUCUGAAGACCUGUCAGAGUCUCUGUGAGCUCAGACGUGAGCUCCACAAGGUAGCAGUGGGGCGGGCCAGUGAGCUGCUGAAGCUGCACUCUGAUCACGCUGUGCUCCAGGCUCUGAAGGCCACAGGAGGCGAGGGGAAUGUCGAGGCGGUAGCUGAUUACGCUCGCACACUCACCGAGCACAGGGAGCAGCUGGUGGAGACCUGCCGACUGCUGUGCCACAUCUCGGGCACGGAGCCGCUGGAGAUCACGUGCAUCCAUGCCGAGGAGACCUUCCAUGUCAUUGGUCCGCAGAUCAUCUCAGCAGCUCAGACGCUGGCUCUGCACCCCAACAGUAAGAUAGCCAAAGAAAACCUGGACGUGUUCUGUGAGGCCUGGGAGUCGCAGCUGUGCGACAUGGCCAUCCUGCUGAAAGAGAUCAGCGAUGUGUUCGAAGGCCGCAGAGGUGAUAAAAGGACAUAUCUGUCGUUACCUCGGCCAGGGAAGCACUCCGCUAAUCUGAAGACUCCGAAGACGGCCAAGCUCGACACAGAGGGGCCGGUGUGUUGUGGUGGUCAGGAUCAGACCACCAUCACAAAGCUGGGACAGGAACUCCGGCUUCUUACCUUGGAUGUGGAUUCUGAGCUGGAGCACUGGGAGAAUCAGGAGCACGAGGUGGUCCGACAUUGCCAAAGCAUGUCCAGCAUGGCAUACUCCAUGUACCUCUUUACCAGGGGUGAAGGCCUGUUGAAGACCACUCUGGACCUUUUCCACCAAGCUGAGGUUCUCUCAGAGUUAAGUCUACAGCUGUGCUCCUUCCUGCAGUCGUUCUCCUUACAGCUGGUGGAUGAGGAGAAAAUGCUCCUGACGUCUGAGACUGAGAAGCUGGCAGCUUUUUGCCAGCAGCUACAAAUAUGUGCCAAGUCUCCUGUCCAGGGAAAGAGUGCUACGUUCCAGAAGGUGGACUCGACUAUACAUAACACCAAAGGCGUGAUAACAGCGGUGGCGUCUCUCCUUCCACUGUGUAACAAACUCGUCAGAAAGUGUAAACCAGAGUGCAGCAGUCUGGAUUCUCCUCAGGCCUGGAGGGAGAGGCAGCACACGCCGCUUAAAGACGACGCACUGAAUGGCAAAAGCUCCAACGGCUUCAGGGUCAAACCCCUGGAGCAGCACAUGGCCAAUCUCACCUUCUUAGAGAGCAAGUAGCUGAGAGCCCUUACAGCCCAGAGCUAAUGAAACUCGGAGUAUUAUUCUACACACACACACACACACACGCGCACACGCACGCUUUGCCACAUAUUUUGUGUUGUGCAGUGGCAUACUCACAUACAAUAAGGUCCAAAAGUCUCUCUUACCAAGAACUGUUUUUAUUUCAGAAUACAUUUCACAAACUAUAUCUUGCAACUGAGGUUAUUCUUCAGUAAAGUAUGAUUUUAAUAAAGCAAAAGAGGUAGAACUAAUAUUAUGUGAUUUCGAGUUAACUAAUGUUUAUUAAUUAGAGUUAAGUUGAAAUAUAGAAGAAAGCCACAAUAGGUCAUGUGUUCUUAAAAUGUUUUAUCAGUUUAAAUCCAAGCACAUUAAUACAGAAUUCAAUUACAGUGAUGCGGUCAGAGGUUUGGUAUACCAAGGAGUUUACACUGG